AUGGCAACGGGUCUGCAAUGCAGAAAGGAUCCUCAGUAUACAGCAGCGGCGCACCGAAACGCGAUCGCCCAAGCCAACCUCGGGGUACCACCGCUUCAGAUCAACAACCUUCUCAACCAGCGAGCUAUUUGCGAGCAUACCUCUUCUUCUCCUGGCAAGAUUCUCACCAACAACCGAGCGUGGACUCGCGGCCCCCUUUUGGCGACUACCGAAACUGCGCUCGAUCACUGGGACUACACUCGGGGGAAGAAGGAUGGAGAGCAACAAGUCACCUUGCUAUCUCACUCUAACAAUCAGGAUCAGAGCACAGAGACAUGGUUGGAAUUUGGCAAUUGCAGCCAUGACCAAGGGGCGGAGCGUAAAAGGAGACGACGGCGAGGUAUCCGGAUGAUUUUGAAAGAGAGGGAUAAGAAACUGGAAUGCGAGGAGCUUCGGCCGGAGAAAGAGACAACAUCACCGUCCAAAGACGCGUGA